ACUCCACCAUGGUUUAUGAGCUUCUUCUUCUUAUUCCUCCUUGGAACGUCCCAUCUCUUCUUCUUGAUUCCAUUAGCUGUCAUCAAGAAUCCGAAAACAUCGUAAUGGAUUCGUAUUACGUUGGGUAUUUGGACAACGAGGAACCACACUUUCUAGAAUCUUGCUCUCUUUGUUGCAAAACCCUUUCUAUCAACUCUGACAUUUUCAUGUACAGCGGAGACAUGGCAUUCUGUAGCCAAGAGUGUAGGCAAGAACAGAUUGAGUAUGAUGAAAUUAAAUCAAAGAGCUGGAGAAAAAACUCGUCGUCUUCCAGAUCAUCUCUCCGGAACUCGUCUGAUCCGAAAGAUUCUGUAGCCGGCGAAACCAUACGGACAAAAACUCUCAUCAUGGCUUAAUUAGUAAACUUAUUAAUUGCCUUUUCAUCCGACCUUAAUAAAGAGAGAGAGAAAGAGAGAACAGAGAAGCCAAAGUAUAUUAUUGGCUGUGAAGUUUUUUUUUUGUUCUAUCUGCUUAAAUUUUUGGUUCUAUUUUUACUUUUUACCACUGAGAGACGAGAAGAGAGAUCUUUGUGUGUGUUUCUUGAUGAUUCUCUCUGUUUAAAGAGAAGAAAAUAAUGCAAAACCGAAGUUUCUUUC